AUGUCCCUAGUUUCCCGAGUCCCCUUCCAGCUGUCAGGCCGUUACGCCGACCGCAAUUGCUGGGAGGCCCUGCAGGGCCCCGGCGAUUCCCGUGUUACCGCCGCCGAGAUUAUCCAGGAUGAAGGCCUCAUCGACGCCUGGGCCGACAAAGUGGUGUUGGUCACGGGUGUCUCGUCGGGCAUCGGGGUCGAGACGGUGCAUGCGAUCGCCGCGUCCGGCGCGACGGUGUUUGGCACCGCGCGCAAUCUGCAGAAGGCGCAGGAGGCACUUGGCGCCGAGCUGCUGAGCACCGGCCGGGUGCAUCUGCUGUACAUGGACCAAACCGAGCUGGCCAGUGUACGGGCCUGCGCGGACGAAUUCCGCCGCCAGAGCCCACAGCGCCGGCUGAAUGUGAUCAUCAACAACGCCGCGGUCAUGAAUCCCCCAGAGAGCAGGACAGCGGAUGGCUUCGAGCUGCAGUUCGGCACUAACCAUCUGUCCCACUUCCUGCUGUUCUGGCUCCUGAAAGACCUUCUCCUUGCCAGCUCCACGCCGGCUUUCCACUCCCGCGUGGUCAGUGUCAGCUCCGCCGCCCACCGGUACGGGCCCGUGCAGCUGGAGAACAUCAACUUCGACGGCAACUACAAUGGCUGGUUGGCCUACGGAUCCAGCAAGACAGCCAACAUCUACAUGACGAAUCAGAUCGAGCGGCUCUACGGAUCCCAGGGUCUCCACGGGUACAGCGUGCAUCCGGGUGCCUUCGUCAGUCCCAAUCUGCAGAAGUACUCGGCCACAGAGAUGGAGGCUGUUUUAUCAGACGAGAAGUGCCUGAAAUACAUGACCAGCUUGCAGCAGGCCUGUGCCACGAGCGUGUACGGCGCCGUGUCGAGUGAGUUGGAGGGCCAGGGAGCAUUAUAUCUAGAAGGCGCGUCGGUGACGGUCCACCCCUGCCCCUCGGAUGGGGAUGCGAUCGAAUAUGGCUAUGCCGCUUAUGCGUUCGAUCAGGAGAAAGAGGAAAAGCUGUGGGAGCUGAGUAAGGAGUGGGCCAAGGUAGAAUAG